CGCAGUGUUCCCACAAGGACAUUGGUCAAAUUCGUCAUUUUCAGAACGUUGUAAACUGCUGGGAACAGUUUUAGUUCGUGUUUACGGCAGGAAUGUUUCUGACUCCUUGUGGGAGCCCAUUCUCCUGCAAAUAAAGCGCCGCGGCAUUAGUGUUCAAUCACACAAACUUGGACGAGUUUCUUAUAGCUUCGAGAUUUUAGUGUUGAAGGAAUGGGAAAUAAGAAGUCACCUGAUUCUCCUCGCUCAUAGAUUUAAAUGGUGAAGAAAGCACAAUUGUUUUCUACGCCUGGAAAUAUCCCGCGCUCUCGACUUUACUCAUUAUGGGCGCAUUGAAAGUCAACCCUGUUUCGAGUCUGGUCUGGAAAAAGGCGUACUGGACUGAACACACACACUCUGUUUCUCUCUCCGUAAAGGCUACAUGACCUGCUGAAUUUCUCCAUCAUUCUCGCUGCUUUUGCUUUGUCGAAAUGGAAAAUGACGUGAUAUAUUUUCUAAAGGGAUAUGAUUGGUGAUGCCCCUGCCAAGAGGUGUACAGGAGAGUAUUGCAUCAGGAGUGAACCCCUGGCUUGAUGCUGCUGAAUGAAUGAGGGAUAAUUCUGGCCUUGAGGAAAAUGGCUCAUUCAUUUUUUGUUACCUUCUUUGGAUUCUUUGCAUUGGUCUCAGCCCUACCUCAACAAUUCAGUCUCACUGAAAAACCAUGCUUAGACAAGGGUAUUGAUUUAAAUCGCCAGUUUGUUCUGGAAACAGAAGGAGUUGUCAUUAACUGCCCUGAAUUGGAAUUGGAUAUAUCCGAGACUACACCACAGAACUACAGUGUGAUGUGGUACAAUAACAAAACAUUUGAAGUAAUUACAGCAGACAGAAAGGAAAGGAUACAUGUAGAGGAUGGUUUGCUUUGGUUCCUCCCAGUAUCGUUGGAAGACAAUGGCUCCUAUGUCUGUGUUGUGAGGUAUCAAACAUCUUGUGUCAAAAUAGCUGUUUCAUUAACAGUCACUAACUCUACCAGUGCAUCGUGCUUCCAGAAUAGAUUUUCCUACGCGAGGACUUCAUUUUCGAGGAUUUCUAGAAGACUUGCUUGUCCAGAGAUCAGCAAUUAUAUAACCUCAGAUGGAUUUGAACUAACUUGGUACAAGGAUUGUAAACCUCUUUCAAAUGGAGAAAAAUAUAAGUUCCAUAAAAAUGACCAGUACCUUACUAUAACAAAUGUGCAGCCCUUGGAUGGAGGAAUCUACGUCUGUGAACUGCAGUUUGUGCAUAAUGGUUUACAGUACAAAACAGCAAGAACUAUUGAUUUUGAUAUUAAAGGCUGUAAAGCUGGUAUUGGCCCAAAUAUUAUACAACCAAAAAAUGGUACAAUUGAGCUUGAACCUGGAUCAAAAUUGAACUUAUCUUGCACAGCGUAUACAGGAUAUUGUGAUCCUUCCAUAACAUUAAUUUAUUGGCUAAUAAAUAAUACGUUUAUUGAAGACUAUUUCAGUGACUAUCAUGUUGAAUACAGUCAGAAGAGCAAAGAUCAAGGCAACUAUCAUAUCUCAAACAUAGUUCUUCCUAAUUUCAAGGAAGAGUAUUAUAAUGAAGCACUUACAUGUGUAGCCAGAAAUGGUUUGGGGUAUCAAAUAGCAACAGUUCAAUUUAGAAAAUCAGCUCCAGAUUUCACAAAGGAGAUAGUAGUUGUAUUUGGCAUUUUUGCGUGUGUUUUAUUCAUCAGCGGAUGCAUUUACAAGUUUUUCAAGAUUACUAUUGUGCUCUGGUACCGUGAUACCUUUCCUGCAAAAUACUCUCAAAAUGAUGGUAAGAGUUACGAUGCUUAUAUCAUCUAUCCACAAAGCUCGUGUUCAUCAUACUGUACCAAUAUCCUUGUCUUUGUUAUGGAUUUACUUCCUCAAGUUUUGGAAUGCCAGUGUGGAUAUAAAUUGUUUAUACCUGGAAGAGAUGAUCUACCUGGAGAAGAUUACAUUGAAAAAGUAAAAUCAAACAUCAAAGACAGUAGAAGACUGAUUAUUUUGAUGGCAAAAUCCGUUGAUAAACAACUGUGCACCAUGUUUGAACAGCAAGUUGGAUUGCAUGAUGCAUUGAUAUCUAAUCAAAUAGAAGUGAUUCUGAUUGAGUUGGAUUAUCACGAUAAUUACAGUGACCUUCCAGAAUCACUUAGACAUAUUAUACAAAAGAAAGGAGCGAUUAAGUGGACAAGCAGUGAAUGGAAAAAAGAAUCGCCAUCAUUAAACUCAAAAUUCUGGAAACAAGUGCGAUACAAAAUGCCACGAAGGUCUUCGUGAUCUUGUUGUAAAACUGAGUAUUACCAGACGUUAGAAAUGCAUUAAAUAGCAUUUCAUCUUUCAAGAAAGUGCAGAUAUUUGGGUAUCGUACAUUGGGUAAUAGUGUAAACUGCAGCAGGGGUGUUUUUGAACACUGGAUGAAUUUCUUCAGGUCCUUUCCCAUUGUAACUUUGAAAGCUCAUGGAAAUCUGUUUGCAAUCUUAAUAGCCUCAAGGUAACCAACCCCAUUAACCUGUUAAGGAAGCCAAAGUCUUUCUUUUAAUUAUUUGCAAUGCAGAUUUAAAAGUGGUUUAUUUUAAACUGGUGCUUCCUUAUGCUAGUUUACAACUGUGUAAUGCAUACAGGAUUAUCCACAAAUGAUUCGUAAACACAUAUAAACAUAAAGGUAAUACAAUUUUGUAAGGUAAUGCAUUCCAAAAAUAGAUUUAUAAAAUAAUACAAUGUUCAAUUUAUUUUAAAUAAAGUUGAAGUAAAUAA